UACGGAAAUCACUGGAAGACCGGAACACACUGGUACUGUGCCAAAAGACUUUUUGCCCGGGGUGGUUUUCCAUAAGAAGAAAGACAAGCCUCCAGCAUUAAUGGAUGGCAAGUUUAUGUUAGAAUUCUUGAAAACCACCUUGGUGCCGAUCGAUAGACGCCACUCCGAACAAGUCUACUAUUAUCCACCGAUGGUAUUAGUUUCGCCGUGGCCUAUAGUUCUGGGGUGUUCAUAUAAUUCUCAAUGCAUUGCUAAAUGA